AUGUUUGGAAUAAUUAGAAGAAAUAAUCAGACGGGAAAUUAAGCAAACUUAAAGUAAUUUAUUCUAAGAUCACCGAUCACUAAAUGCUUUACAAAUUUAAGGGCAAAAACAAUAUUAUAUAUUUACAUUUCUUGUUCUAUGCUUAUCAUUUUAGCUAGCGUAAUAAUUUUGUUCAGUUUAAUCACCUAAUAUAUUUCUGAAACACUUUAGGAAUCUUCAGAAUUUACAUUCGAUCUCUAUUCGAAAAGAUAAUAAGAUAUAGCAAAACAAAGCAUAAAAGAAUUUUGGGUUACAUUUAUUCACUCAAUAUCUUAGCCAUUAAUAUCUUUGCAUCGACUUCACAAUUAUUAUUCGCUUCUAGAUGAUUUGAAAGUGAGUUCGAAGGAAACAAAUUAAAAUUGUUACCAUUAACCAUUAAUUUAGAUUGAGAUACCUUGUAUUUGCCAUCUUAACGAGUCAAACAUCAAUUCGGGUCAUGAUAAUCAUAAGAACACGAUUAGGAAUUUGUAGUAAUUUUAAACAGCUUUGCCUACUCAAAUGUUUGGAGUUCAAUAGUAUAUUGGUUUUUUUGAAUACUCAUAAGCAGAACUCUUUUAAUAUCCUUGUUUAGAUUUCGGAAAUUAAAGAGUAUAUGAUCCAAAGAGCAGACCAUGGUAUAUUGAGGCUCAAAAGGCAUAUAAUUUAAGCAAAUUUACAUAAUACUCUGUUCGAUUAACUGGUCAUUAUAGAACCAUCCCUUUUAAUGAUAUUAGAUUCUCUAUUGCUUUACCGUUAAUCAAUUUCAAAAAAAGUAUGAUAGGGGCCAUUAGAGCUCACAUUUCAUCGAAAGUCUUAUAAGAAACCAUUUAUAAGACUUCAAAUAAAACUAACUUAAUAUUAACUACAAAUGAUGGAAUGUUAUUAGUAAGCAACUUGUUAAAUAAUUCUGAGUAUGAAUUAGGAAAGGACUACUUUUUUAAUGAAACAAUAACUGGCUUUAAUAUUGAAGAUUGGCGAUCCUUAAUCUAUACAAAUUCGAGUAAUUGCGAUCAUGUUGAUAUUGGAUUUAUAUGUAGACAAAAUAAAAUAGACAAGUAGGAUUAUUAUAUGACACAUACUCCCUUAGAAUAGUAUAAUUUAAAAAUAAUUCUAUAUUAAACUAAAAUUGAAUAUUAAAAUAGUACGUCUAACAACACUAACAGUAGAUGA